UCCUCAUCAAUGAAGAACCAUACGGAGAUGCGCGAGUUUGUCCUCUUAGGCCUGACGAAUCUCCCAGGGCUGAAUCAUUUCCUCUUCCCUCUCUUCCUGCUGCUCUACGUGACCAGCCUGCUGGGUAACGGGGCCAUCAUAACCAUGGUAGUGGUUGAGCCCCGGCUCCACACCCCCAUGUACUUCUUUCUGGGCAACCUCUCCAGCCUGGACAUCUGCUUUUCCACAGUCACUGUGCCAAAGAUGCUGUCUGGUUUCCUGUCUGAGCACCAGACCAUCUCCUUUGCUGGCUGCCUGGCCCAGCUCCACUUUUUCCACCUCCUGGGCAGCAGCGAGGCUGUGCUGCUGGCCGUCAUGGUCUAUGACCGCUACGUGGCCAUUUGCAACCCGCUGCGCUACAAGCUGGUCAUGAGCCCACAGACCUGCCUGCUCCUGGCAGUGGCCAUCUGGUCCAUCGGCUUCCUGCAUGCCCUAAUGUCCACAGUCAUGACCUCCCGGCUGCAAUUCUGCGGCUCCAACCUCGUCCCCCACUUCUUCUGUGAUAUCAAGCCCCUGCUGAGCCUUGCCUGCGGCAGCACCCACCUCAACCUGACCGUACUCAACAUCAAUGCUGGGGUCCUCGGUUUGAGUUCCUUCAUCCUCACGCUCUUCUCCUACAUCUACAUCAUCUCCUUCCUCCUCCUGAAAGUCCACUUGCGGGAAAGUAGGAGAAAGGCCUUCUGCACCUGCGCAUCCCACCUCACCGUGGUGUUGCUAUUCUAUAUGCCAGGCCUUAGCAACUACAUGAUUUCCUCACCGGGUUUCCCCUCUGAAAGAGACAUGAUACCCACCCUCAUGUACAGCAUCGUCACCCCAGUUCUGAACCCCCUGAUCUACACCCUGAGAAAUGAGGAGGUGAAAACAGCACUAAGGAAAUUCCUGAACAGAAAACGCUUCCCUAAAAGGACACAAAUUAAAUGA